AUGAAUAUGGCUACAUCAUUGUCUUCUUCAAUUAGUCAACUUAAAAUUCUUUUAGUUGGUGACAGUGCAACAGGUAAACAUUGUUAUGUAGAAAGACUUUCACAUUAUAUAUUCCCUAAUGAUACUCGUAAAAAUGAGGAAUGUGAUAUAAUUUCAACUAAAAUAAAAAUUGAUGAACAUACUGAAAUUCCAAUACAAAUUUUCAAUAUUUCUGGUUCACAAUGUGGUAAAACAAAAAUAAAUACAUAUUUUAAAAAUAUAGAUGGAUAUAUUAUCAUGUUUGAUGUAACUCGUUCAGAAACAUAUGAUAAUAUAAUACUUUGGAAAAAAAUUAUUAAUAAAAUAAAUCAAACAGUUAAUUUACCAUGUUUAUUAUUGGCAAAUAAAUCUGAUUUAGAAGAAGAUCAAGACUUAAAUAGUAUUAUGGAUACUAUGAAUAAUUAUUGCGAAGCAAUUGGUUUUUGUGGUUAUUACAAAAUAUCAAAUAGAGAUAAUAUUAAUAUUGAAGAAUCGAUUCAAACUUUAAUUAAUGAAAUCAUUAAACGUAAAAAUUCACCGACAACAGCUUCUCCUUCAGAGUCUAUAUCUCAAAAUAGAACAAUAUCUGUUGAAGAACGAAAACAAGAAUAUACGAUGAAAAUUUUAGUUAUUGGUGAAUUAGGUACUGGUAAAACAGCACUUAUACAACGUUAUGUCAAUAAUACUUUUUUAGGAGUUUAUCGUAGUACGAUAGGUAGUGAUUUGGCUGUUAAAAAAAUUCAAUAUAAUGAUCAUAUUACUGUUAAUCUUCAUAUAUGGGAUAUUUCUGGUGAAGAACGAUUCGGAGCUAUGACACAUCUUUUUUAUAAAGAUGCAGCUGGAUGUUUACUUGUAUUUGAUGUAUCAAAACCAUCGACUUUAAUAAAUGGUGCAGUGAAAUGGAAAAUUGAUUUCGAUAGUAAGGUUAAUAUUGAUGACAAUAAUCAAGUACCAUGUUUACUAAUUGGAAAUAAAUGUGAUCUAGUAAAAGAAGGUGUUGUAGCAAGUGAAGCACAUAUGACAGAGUUUUGUCGCAAACAUAAAUUUAAUCGUUGGUAUGAAACAUCUGCAAAAGAAAAUAUUAAUAUUGGAGAAUCGAUUUUCUUUCUUAUCAAAGAAAUAUUGAAAAAUAUUAAUAGUAUGAAAGUUGUAAGACGAAGACAUUCUGACGUCAUUGAAAUUAAAGAAGAAAUUUCAUCAAACACUAAUAUUCGUACAUGUUGUCAUUAG